AUGUCCAUUGGAUUUUUGUCGCCGAAAUCGAUUGGAAUCAACGAAGAACGACAAAAACCUAAGCUUGACGAUGUCGUGAUUGGAGGGCCCAAUGAGUCGAGAACUAGAGGGGUUUUGGACGAGGACGAUGGGGAAGGUGGUGGAGCUGCAAAUGUAGUAGUAGGCUAUGGUUACUCUAUUCAAUCUGUCACUCUGACUCCUCUUUCAACUCCUUUUGACUGCCCAUCUUGGCCUCAUCCAGAAUCAUCUCUCUAUGGACUGAUAUUCAGAAUCUCAAUCUCAUUGCCAGAGCGUUUGAGUAGAAUAACAGAUUCCCAACACCAAAGAUGGGUCCCAGAACAAUCAUUCCCCGCCAAUCUUCUCACCUCUUUCCAGAAACCAAUCUAAACUCACCAGUAAACCAGCCGGGGAACUUCAGCCUCUCGAGCCCACCUCAGACUUAGCCUCACACUCUACAACACCACCCCGUUUGGUUUCUCCGUGUGGCGGCGAUCCUCUGGGGAAGCUUUUGACACCUCUCCCAACACUUCAGAUUCAGACACUUUCUUGGUGUUUAAGGAUCAAUACAUUCAGCUUUCAUCCAUAUUACCGAACCAAAACUCUUCUCUUUAUGGAUUUGGGGAGCAUACAAAGAGGUCAUUCAAGUUGGUGCCCAAUGACACCCUAACUUUGUGGAAUGCUGACAUAGGAGCUCUAAAUCCUGAUUUUAAUCUCUAUGGCUCUCACCCUUUUUACAUUGAUGUGAGAUCCCCUCAAGGCACAACUCAUGGUGUUUUGCUCUUUAACAGUAAUGGCAUGGAUGUUGAGUAUAAUGGUGAUAGGAUAACUUAUAAGGUUAUCGGAGGCAUCAUUGAUUUGUAUUUUUUUGCUGGACCGUCGCCGGAUGCGGUGAUACAACAGUACACAGAGUUGAUUGGCCGGCCUGCCCCUAUGCCAUAUUGGUCCUUUGGAUUUCAUCAGUGUCGAUAUGGUUACAAAAACGUGUCUGACAUUGAGUCUGUAGUUGCUGGCUAUGCAAAAGCUGGUAUUCCUCUCGAAGUUAUGUGGACAGACAUCGAUUACAUGGAGGCAUAUAAGGAUUUCACUCUUGAUCCUGUCAACUUUCCAGUGGACCUGAUGCAAAAAUUUGUAGAGACACUUCACCAAAAUGGUCAGAAAUAUGUGCUCAUUCUGGAUCCUGGUAUCAGUGUGAAUAAGACCUCUGGAACUUUCAAUAGAGGGAUGGAAGCUGAUAUCUUUAUAAAACAUGAUGGUGUUCCUUAUCUGGGCAAUGUUUGGCCUGGACCAGUCUACUUCCCUGACUUUGUAAAUCCAGCUGCUGAAACAUUUUGGCAAGGAGAGAUCAAAAUAUUUCAAGAUAUUCUCCCUGUCGACGGUCUUUGGCUUGACAUGAAUGAGAUUUCUAACUUCAUAACUUCCCCUCCUACCCAAUUUUCUACCCUUGAUGAUCCUCCCUACAAGAUAAACAAUAGUGGCUUUCGGGGACCAAUUAACAAAAAUACUGUUCCAGCAACUGCUCUGCAUUUUGGAAACAUCACAGAAUAUAAUUCGCAUAACCUUUAUGGACUCCGGGAAGCCAAAGCUACUCAUGCUGCCUUGAUCAAUGUUACUGGUAAAAGGCCAUUUAUACUCACUAGAUCAACUUUCGUAAGCUCCGGAAAGUACACAGCUCAUUGGACUGGAGAUAAUGCUGCAACAUGGGAUGAUUUGGCAUACACAAUUCCAGCCAUUUUAAAUUUUGGACUCUUUGGGAUUCCAAUGGUUGGAGCUGAUAUUUGUGGCUUUUCUAGAGACACAACUGAAGAACUCUGCCGGCGUUGGAUUCAGUUAGGUGCCUUUUACCCAUUUGCAAGAGAUCACUCUGAUAAGUCUAAAGCGCGUCAAGAGCUGUAUCUUUGGGAUUCAGUUGCUGCAACAGCAAGGAAGGUGCUUGGGCUACGAUACAGGCUACUCCCUUACUUCUACACAUUAAUGUAUGAGGCACACACAAUAGGGACUCCUAUUGUAAGACCCCUUUUCUUCUCAUUCCCUCAAGAUACCGAAACUUAUGGAAUCAAUACACAGUUUCUGAUUGGAAAAGGUGUCAUGGUGUCACCUGUGCUAAAGCAAGGAGCAGUUUCCGUUGACGCAUAUUUCCCUGCAGGAAAUUGGUUUGAUCUCUUCAACUAUUCAAAUUCGGUGAGUGUAAAUCUAGGAAAGCAAGUGACUCUUUCAGCACCAUCUGAUCACAUAAAUGUGCAUGUUCGAGAAGGUAAUAUUUUGGCCUUGCAAGGAGAGGCCAUGACAACUAAAGAAGCCAGGAAGACGCCAUUUGAACUCUUGGUGGCUAUCAGCAGCAAGGAAAAUAGCACAGGAGAAGUUUUCUUGGAUGAUGGAGAAGAAGUGGGCAUGGGAGAAGAGGAAGGUAAGUGGAGUUUGGUGAGAUUUUAUGGUGGAAUGGUAAAGGACAAUGUUACAGUUAGAUCAGAAGUUCUGAACGGCAACUUCGCCUUGAGUCAAAGGUGGAUCAUAAACAAAGUGACUUUUAUAGGACUAGAAAAUGUAGAGAAAAUGAAAGGGUAUAAUGUGAAGAUUACGACAGGAACAGAGCUGAUUGAGAACUCGGUUAUUAAGGCAAGUGGGAACAAUGUUCUUACAGUAGAAAUCUCGGAAGAAUCACUGCUGAUUGGGAAAGAGUUCAUGUUGGAACUGAAACUCAACAAUUCAUCAAAAAUCUCUUAAAAGAGCGGACAUUAUUGGCAUACAAUUACUGCAAUUAGCAGAUGUACAAUAUAUCUUA